AAAAAAAGACGCAGACUUCUUUUCCCAGAAUGCAUCGCAGGAAAGAGGAGAGGAGGAGGAGAAAAAAAGAGGAGCAGCAACGGCGACGAGCCCCUGUCGGGACAUUAUAAAGGACGCGGACCCGAGGAAGCCCUGCGAACUUGCUUUCAGCUGCCCCGAGAAGCCUCCGGCAGCUAGCGGGGUUAAUAGUUAGCUCCCACCAAAACGACGAAAACAACAACAAGUGGCGAUGGCGGUGAAUAAAAGAAACGUGGUGGUAGGUUUCACGCUCGUGGGGGUUGGAAUGGUAGUGCUCGGGACCGUCCUGACCAUCGUGGGUCCACUGAUCAUCGACGGCCAGAUCGUCAAGAACACAGUGAUCGACCCUAAGAACGAGAUGUCGUACACCAUGUGGAAGGACAUCCCGGUGCCGUUCUACAUGUCCGUCUACUUCUUCAACAUUCUCAACCCCAAGGAGGUCCUGAAGGGCGAGAAGCCCAUGCUGGAGCAGCGAGGACCGUACGUGUACAGGAAGCAGUGUCAGAAGGAGAACAUCACGUUCCAUUCCAACAACACGGUGACCUACCGAGAAUACAGACGCUACUUCUUUGAGCCGAGCAUGUCCGCUGGAAACGAGUCCGACGUGGUCACCAUCCCCAACAUGCUGGUGCUGGGUGCAGCGGUGAUGAUGGAGAACCUCCCGUUCGCAAUGCGGCUGAUGAUCAGCGCCACCUUCAAGACCUUCAAAGAGGGCCCGUUCCUCACCAAGACCGUGGGUGAGCUCAUGUGGGGCUAUGAUAGCGGCCUGGUGGACUUUCUCAACAAGUACCUGCCCGGAAUGCUGCCCUCCUCCGGGAAGUUUGGACUCUUCAGCGAGUUCAACAACUCAGACACGGGCCAGUUCACGAUCUUCACGGGCCGCGACGACAUCCACAAGGUGCACAAGGUGGACUCCUGGAACGGCCUCACCAAGUUGGACUACUGGCGGACUCCUCAGUGCAAUAUGAUCAAUGGCACGGCGGGCCAGAUGUGGCCCCCUUUCCUGACCCAGCGCUCGACGCUGCCCUUCUACAGUCCCGAUGCCUGCAGGUCCAUGGAGCUGGUCUACCAGCGCCCGGGCAGUAUGAAGGGCAUCCCCUUGUACCGCUACGUGGCGCCCAAGACGCUGUUCGCCAACGGUAGCGACUACGCCCCUAACGAGGGAUUCUGUCCAUGCCGCCAGUCCGGUCUACUCAACGUCAGCAGUUGUCGUCAGAAUUCCCCCGUCUUCAUUUCGCACCCUCACUUUUUCAACGCCGACCCCGUCCUGCUGGACUUUGUGCACGGACUCUCUCCCAAUGAGGACCAGCACGGACUCUUCAUAGACAUCCACCCUCAAACGGGCGUCCCGCUCAAUGUGUCCAUCCGUCUGCAACUCAACCUCUACAUGAAGCGAGUAUCAGGAAUUACCGAGACGGGAAAGAUCCCCGAGACCAUCAUGCCCAUGAUCUGGUUUGAAGAGAGCGGCUACAUCGACGGUCCCAUCUUGGACACGUUCCACACCAACCUGGUGGUCCUGCCCGCCAUCAUGGAGGGCACGCAGUAUGGCUUCAUUGCGCUCGGACUCGCCACCGUCAUCGUCGCCGCCCUAGUCAGGCGCAGACUGGACAAGGCAUCCUCUGGCGAGCCCGCUGGCAGACUCGCCACCCCAGAGAAAUGCGUGCCGGCUAAACCAGAAAAGUGAAGGCGCUGCCGCAGGCCGGGCUUCGUCUUUCACCCACGAAAGAAAACCGCUAGCAGCAGCCCACCCUCACUGACGCGCACGCAAUCCCGCCUCCCAGCUUCAUGACGCCUGACUGUGUUUUGUCGCCAUGGAAACUUUGCGCACGAGCCCAGAUGCGGCGACGUCCGUGAACCGGCCGCUGACAACUGCCCGCAUCCCCUUUUGAUGAGGGCUUUUUUUUUUUUUUUUUUGAGCGGGAGUUGAGACCGUCGUCAUGGUGAUGAAGCGCAACUGAUCCACUUCCUGUUUCGAUGUUUUCUUAAACAUUGGCGGCGGGGGCGGGCUCGCGACAUAUACGGGAAAUUUCCCGGACACGUUUGUGUGUGUGAAUCCGACUUUGCUGUUUCUUUUGUAGAAAAUGUUUGUGCACGAGUCACAAUAAAUUUUGCCAUCCCAACACCA